AACUAUAAAAUUUAUUUAUUGCAGCACUUCCAUUUUGUUAUCGCUCAUAAAGUAUAGUUCUGAUAAACAUCAAUGUUUUCUGACGGCAUGUUUCCGAAGUGUAUUUUUCGAAUGCGAUUUUCUUUACAGUUCGGUUUUAUGUGCUAUUGCUUAACAGCGACAUCGUGGCUGUGUGAUGCAGUAAGUGUCAACAUGCAAGGGUCUUUAACACUCGGCAAGGAAGUAAUGGACAUGCUAACACAUUACAUAGGAGGAGAUUUCUUCCUCAUCAACGGCAGACGAUCCGAAUCCGGCCAAGCAAUCGAUUUUUACACUCAGAUCACAAAGUCAGCAGAGCUGUGCGAUAGUUUGAAAUUAUGUAACACUGGUAACCUUAAAGACUUCGUAGACGAAUAUAUAAUUACGCUCGGUAAAGCUGUAGAGAGUAUAUUCGAUGUUGUUACACAUGGACACCGGAGAUCAAAAGAAUCUGACACUAUUUUCGGUGCAGAAUUCGUGAGAGCACUCAAAGAAAUCGAACCACUUCUACAUGCUGCUAAUAAUAAAGUUACAGACAACAACGAACAACACAUAUGGACAAGUACUAUUAAAAGAAUCAGCUCAAAAUUACAAAAUAGGGUUGCCAUUUUUACAGACAACAACCUAGAAGGUCGGACAGAAGAUAUAAUUAACGUUAAAAAGAAACUGAGCCAAAAAUUAAUACUGGCUAUUAUUGCCGUCGAGGACACAUAUUUGAGAAAACUUUGUAGUGUUCACAGAAUUUGUUUUAGGCAUGUUGAAUGUACUAGGAGUCUGAACAUGUUGCUGGACAGUUUUAAAAAUUUAGACGAAAGGACUGCGAAGGAGUUUGUAAAAAUAUUCCAUAAUGAGCUUGAGGAGACAGAAUUCUUUGGACGUCUAAGAGAGGAGACGGCAAAUGAAUUCCAAGUUGUGCUAAGUGAUUUGUCUAACACAGACACAGUGCAAGCUAAGGAAAUUCUGGCAUCUGUUCAGAGUACUGUUGAAUUUAGAUUGAAAUCAGAUACUACAGCACAAGGUAUAACUGGUGGUUUUGACACUAAAUUAGUGAAUAUCAUAUUAUCAGAUAUGGAUUUCGUGUACGGCAAGCAUAAACCGGAUCCAUUCCAUAGUUUUUUGACGAAUGUCUACAAGUGGCAGACCGCUGGUUCUAAUCUUAAAUCUGGAAUGAGAACAGUUAUUAAACGCAUUGACAGUGAUUUAAAAACUGCCAACGAUGAUAUUCGUUAUAAGGUGAUGAACGAAGUAAGGGUAUUUUUAGAAAUAACCCUCGACCCAUGAGGUAUUCCAUCUUAAAAAGCUAAGGCCUUCAAACCGUGUCUACUUAUACUUUAGAGUGCUUUUUUAAAAUUAAACUUAUCAAUACUUUAUUAAAGUCAA